CGCAGACACACUCCGGAAGUGAGGCGUUUAUUGACAAUAUGGCGACCGGGCCAGCUGAGCGGGGACUGGACGUUUUUCGGGUUUGCCAGUGACCGCUGAUGUGCGUUAUGAAAGCGAUGAAGUGAUAUGAAUGAAGGGAAUCGGGAGUCGUCGGGAUGUUGUCUCUGAGCUGAGCGCGCGUUCACAGCUUCAGAUUCAUCAUGUCGUUCUUCAGGCGGAAAGCUAAAGGAAAGGAACCUGAGAGACCAGCAGAUGCUAAAGCCAGCAAAGCCCCAGUGUCGCCCCAUUCCCCCUCACUUAGUGGCCGGAAUCAUCAUGCUAUCCUGGAGGCGGCAGGACCCAGCCAUGUGGCCAUCAGUGCUAUCUCGGCAAACAUGGACUCCUUUGCCCGCGGCCGCACUGCUAUCCUCAAAAAACAGCCCAGCCACAUGGAGGCAGCACACUUUGGAGACUUAGGUCGCUCAAGUGUCAACUAUCAGAUUCAAGAGACUCGAUCUCGGCUUUCCAAAACUGUAGACCAGAUCUUGCGGGACAAUGUGGCCCUGCCCUAUUUCAUUCAGUUCAUGGAGACGCGCUCAGCCGAGCACCUGGUCCGCUUCUGGCUCGAGGCCGAAAGCUUUCGCUCCACCAGCUGGUCGCGGGUUAGGGCGCACAGCCUCAACUCAGUCAAACACAGCACCUUGGCUGAGCCCGCAGCUGCCCUGGGAUCACCAGACUCGCCUGACUCCCCAAACCACUCCAGCAGACCUUUAAAUCUGGAUGAGGGAGAUGAAGAGGAUGCUUUCUCCUCUAGGACGUCCUCCAGACCACACACCCCCAGUCCCCAGGACACUAACUCUCACAGUGGGGCUCUGAUGAGCCACAGAGACUCUGUUAGCUUUGAUGGGACGGCUCAGCCCGGGACUCUUCAAUUGCAGCCUGCGCUCCGAUCAGAAACACCCACCAGACAGACCUCGUCCAGGACGGGCACACCAGUCAAAGGCCUUCGUGAGCUCUCCGACAAACUUAUGAAGAGUAUAGAGAGAGAUGCCGUUAACAUUUUCACUAAGUACAUAUCUCCUGAUGCUGCUAGACCAAUUCCCAUCACCGAACAGAUACGCAACGACAUUGUGGCAAAAAUCUGUGGGGAGGACGGCCAGGUGGACCCAAACUGCUUCGUCAUUGCACAAUCUGUUGUGUUCUCCAUCAUUGACCAACAGCACUUUACUGAGUUUUUGCGCAGCCAUUAUUUCUGUAAGUACCAGAUCGAGGUGCUGACCAGCGGUUCGGUGUUCCUGGCGGACAUCCUCUUUUGCGAAUCAGCCCUCUUCUACUUCUCUGAGUACAUGGAAAAGGAGGAUGCGAUGAACGUGCUGCAGUUCUGGCUGGCUGCAGAAAAUUUUCAAGAUCAGUUGGCUGCCAAAAAAGGCCAGUAUGAUGGACAGGAAGCCCAGAAUGAUGCAAUGAUCCUCUAUGACAAGUAUUUUUCACUCCAAGCAACAAAUCCGUUGGGUUUUGGUGACUCUGUACGGAUGGAGAUUGAAUCUAAUAUCUGUCGAGAAGGCGGACCUCUUCCAGACUGCUUUAACACUCCACUGAGACAGGCCUGGACCACCAUGGAGAAGGUUUACAUGCCAGGCUUUCUGUCAAGCAACCUUUACUACAAGUAUUUAAGCGACCUUAUUAACUCUGUACGGGUGGAUGAGUUCAUUGGAGGAAAUGCCAACACUCCGAACCAGGGCUGGACCCAGGAAGGCGAGCGCAACUCGAGCGUUACAGAAGGGUCACACGUCCAGUUGCAGCAAGGUACUAAAAAAGCAGCAAUCAAGAUCUUGAAGAACUUCGAUGAGGCGAUAACUGUGGACAUCGCCAGUCUGGACCCUGAGUCUCUCUAUCAGAGACCAUAUGCUGGAAGAAUGACCUUUGGAAAGGUGAAUGAGCUGGGCCAGUUCAUCAGAGAGGCUGAGCCAGAACCAGACGUGAAGAAGUCCAAGGGUUCCAUGUUUUCUCUAGCAAUGAAGAAAUGGGUUCAAGGAAACUCAGAUGAGGCACAAGAAGAGAUGGCGUGGAAGAUCGCAAAGAUGAUCGUCAAUGAUGUCAUGCAGCAGGGACACCAUGGAAGUCCUGAAGUAAAAGCAACAAAACUAUGACCGUCUGUGUGAGUGUGGGCGCAGCUCCUGAUGCCCUCCUGAAGUGAACGGCCUGAAGACGGAACACUCAGCCGAGCUGCAUUAACAUAUCCGUGAGGACUGAUCGAGGCAUUCCAUCACUUCCUGCAUGUGACCGUUUGAGAGCGUGAGUGUUUAGGUUUGCACACUAAUAGCCAAAAUACGAUCCACCCCCAAGGAUAUUUGUGUUUAUUAUUAUUAUUUGAUGAGUAGCGAAACAAGUUGGACUAAAUACGCAGAGCUGUUAUGCAGCAGACCAACGCUCAGAACAAGACUGAAUGAACACUGAAUUUCAAAACCAACUUCUUACCAUGUUGACCAACAGGAAGCGCUUGGUAAUCUGAACAGGAAAUGGUGUAUACUUAAAGGGAUGUUUCAUCCAAAAAUGGAAAUUCUAUCAAUGUUUACUCACACUUUGCUUACUUUGAGUUUUAUGUUAAACACAGAAGAAGAUAUUUUGAAGAAUGUUUAAAAACUGUAACUAUUAAACCCAUACAGUGUUAAAAACGUUGACUCAACUUAAAAUUGUAAGGCUGCUUGCUGCACAGGUUUUUUUUGAGUUGACUCAGCUUUUAACCCAAUAAUCGCACUUGACUCAGUUUAAGUUGAGUCAACUUAAAAAAGCACGGGGGAGUUGCCUUACAGUUUUAAGUUGUGCCAACUUUUUAACAGUGUAGCAUUUGUUUUUUACUGUGGAUGUCAGUAGUUGCAGUUGCAGUUUAAGCUUCAAAAUAUCUUCUUUUGUGUUUAAAAGAAGAAAGAACCACAAAGUUUUGGAACCACAUAAGGUAGAUUACGCUUAGAAAAGGACUUUUACUAUUACUUAUUUACAAUCAGUUGAAACAACACAGUUCUUAAUUUUUUGGGGGGACAACUUAAUAAUGUUCAAUCCAUUUCAAUUUCUAAAAAGGAUUAAGUUAACUUAAUUGAUUUGUGUUGGGACAAGUUAAAGGAAUUAAGCUGAACCCAGCAUUUUUAUAGUGUAAACAGUCAUUUUUUUAUUUUUGGGUGAACUAUCUCUGAAAAUGUUUUCCCUUCCUCAACUUAGUUCUUAUCUGACACGUUUCUUUUAUCCUUCCUGUAAUCUGAACAGGAAAUGGUGUCUACUUAAAGAAAUAGUUGAUCCAAAAAUGGAAAUUCUGUCAUCGUUUACUCACAUUUUGCUUGUUUGAGUUUCUGUUAAAUACAGAAGGAGAUAUUUUGAAGAAUGUUUAAAACCUGUAACCAUUGACACCAAUUCACUGUAAAAAAAAAAAAAAAAGUGACAACUCAAAAUUGCAAGGUAACUUGAUGCAUGUUUUUUUUUUAGUUGACUCAACUUUUAACACAAGUAUUGUACUUGACUCGGUCGACUCAAAAAGCACUGCAGGGAAAUUUGCCUUACAAUUUUAAGCUCAGUCAACUUUUUUAACAGUGUAUCAUUUGUUUCUUUUUACUAUGGAAGUCUGUGGCUGCAUGUUUUCAGCUUUAUAAUAUCUUCUUUUGUGUUUAAAAGAAGACAGAAACACAAAGUUUUGUUUAGUUUGUUUACACUACUUAUUUAAAAUCAGUUGAAAGCACAAUUCUUAAUUUUUUUUUAGGGGGGGCAACUUUAUUUGUUUUAUGUUCAAUCCACUUAAAAAAAAGAUUAAGUUAACUUAAUUGAUUUGUGUUGAGACAAGAUGAAGGAAUUGAGCUGAACCCAGCAUUUUUACAGUGUAAACAGAGUCAUUUUUCAUUUUUGGGUAGACCAUCCCUUUAAAUGUUUUCCCUUCCUCAACUUAGUUCUUAUCUGACACGUCUCUUUUAUCUUUCAUGUUCACUUUUUAAGAAAGAGUGGUUAUGAAAUGCCUAGGCUUUUUAUUUAGUACAGAAAAACACAAAUGCAGAAAUACCCCGGAUGGCUGUGUACAGUUUUAUUUCGAUUUACGGUAUGCCAGUCGGUCAUUGUCUGAGGCUGUUCUGUCUGUCUCUCAUGGAUUUGAAGCGACUGAUGUUACAGUUCGAACUGGAAUGAGAACCAAUGACCCUUCUCUCCCUCUCCGACUCUGUCCGCAUCUGAUUCUAGACUGUAGAGAUACACCGAAACUGAACUGCUAGAGCAAUGUCUAUGCCCGUUCUGUAUAAAUGUGGUUUACCGCCAUAUAUUAAUGUUAGUUCUUUUAUGGUGAUUGACUGUCUUCAUUUUUCUUCUUCUUUUGUAUGAUAUGUCAAACUCUGUCUAAGCAAAUCUCAGUGAUGACUGUUCAUUUUCAAACGUGUGCUUGGACAUGAAGUUAUUGCUUUGGACCUCAUUGAGAUGCAGACGAGAAACAGGCAAAAGACUUUUGGUACUAUGUACCACUAAUAUGUUUUCUGACAUAUAUGUGUACUUAAUCUAUAAUAUAUUUAAAUGUGUUUGAUUUAAAUACAUAUAUUGUUGAAAUGUC